CCCUGAUAGGCGCAUUUAUUUUAAAGAACAGUAGCCUUAAUAUUGAAAUCAUUUCAUGUUUGGUCCACCAAACGUUCAGUGCGAUUGGGAAAACAUGGCUAUAUAUAAUGGGCGUGACAGUGCCUACCAAAGAUGUAUCUCUCUUGACUGUAUGAAUUGUGAAUUUAAAGGUAUAUAUACUAUACAUUAGAUAAACAUACUUUAUAUAAUUCAGUAGUUAACUAUAGUACACUAUCAUGAUUGGAUCAUGACUAGGACCGUUUUAACCCAUGACUAAUGAACCAUAUUCGACCAAUUGACGAAUUUGAUACCGACAAAAUAAAUUGUAUACGUACUGUGUAUAUUCUAUAGAUGGGAAGUGCCGUGCUGUGAGACACAGCUGGAUGUUAGUCCGUUUUGAAUGGCCAAUUAACUUAUGCCAUGAAAGUACAAUUCAAUAACAUGCAUUUGCUAGAGCAUAAUAUUAUACUACUCGGAAAUAGAUCCAUUGCACUGACGUCACAAAUCCUUAGAGUGUCCUCCAGAUGCUCCCUAACAAUAUCUGUUCGGGUACAACAACCACAUACAACGCAAAAAUUAACCUUUUUAAUACAAAAUUAUUGUAAACUUUUACAAAAUUUGCUUUGUUUACAAAAGUUUUUUUUUAUGCAUAGAUUGCUAAUUUGUUCUCCAGAUGCAUUGUCACCGGCGCUGUGACGUCAUGUGCAAUGGGUCUAUUAGUCGAGUCAACAGACCAAACAUUGUUGAAAUGAUAUGGUGUUCUAUACGGUUUCUCUCCCAAAUAUCUUAAAGAAACGAUUUUCAAUUUGAAUAAAUUUGAUCAAAUUAUUUUAAAGAUGUACAUGAUAAGCUCAUAAAGCAGUGGUAAUAUGUGAUGUAAAUGUGCAAAACUAACCACAUAUUGUUUGAUGCGGGCCAACAUGGUUGGACCUUUAUCCCGAAAUAGAUCACUCGUUUCACUAGAACUAUAGUAUAUUAUUAGUAUGAAACCCAUCCUAGGUUUAUAUCUUUAACUGAAAACAAUAAACUAGAUAUAUUGAAACUUAGCAUUAUGAUGACAUCAUAACACCUCUCUAAAUUGAAUCUUAGGAUUAUGAUGACACAGCAAUAUUAGCAAUAUGAUAUGUUGAAACAGAGACAGGAUAAGGGUUGAUAAGUGAUGCACUUUUAUUGUGUCUAUGUUUUGUCUUGAUCUUGGGAUUAUCAUGACACAGCAAUAUUCGCAUAAAAAAAAUGCUGCUCUCAGCUCUCUCAUAGACCUUUCUUCUAAUGACGUCAAACGCGGAAAACGCUCAAUGUGAAGUCCCGAAAGACAAUCUUUAGCGACAAUUCGCAAUACAAAUGUUUUUAUGAAAUUUAUUGGCUCGGCAACAAAUCGCCUGUGAGGUUUUCCGCGUUUAAUGUCAUUAGAAUGCUUAGUCAUCACCCCAUUGAUUAACAACUACCUAAGCAAAUAUUACUAGUUAUUCAUUUGUUCUAAAUCUAUUAUAGGGAUUAGAAGCUUCAGUAUAUUGUUGAUGUUAUAAGGCCUCAGAAUUGUAUCGCUAAAAAUCGUUUACUUUUUGGUAAAGAAACGUACGAACGACGAUGGACAGUCAUGUUGAUAAGACUGUUCAUAUGAUAUUCUUAUGUAAGUUUGUUAACAGCUCGUCCUCGACUAACAAAAGGUACAAGGAACAAAUAUUAAAAGAUAUAAUAAUUGCUAUCUGUGCUAUGCUAAACAGCAUUGGUGGAAAAGUUGUGUUAUAUAACAAGUGCACGUGCCUGUUAGCCGUCUCCGCGAUUUCUUUGUUGAUUCGAAUUCUGGAACAAUCUCUGAUAUCUAUUAUUGUAUCAAACCAGACCAUCUCGAAAAUAAAUUUCAAAGAAGAUAAAGAAAGCAUGGUCAUUUUAGUCAAAAAGGCUGAUUGCUUAAUAAUAACUAAUUAUAAUCUUUAUUUGCCAAGUCAAUCACAAGUUGUACAAAUAUCUCCUUGGGAGCCACUGGAGAAAGUCAAGGACGAUAUCAUUAACAGAAGAUUCGUCCCAGAACCAGUUCAACUUGAUUCACAUUGUCGAAUAUUUCUUAAAGGUAAAAAUUGUGAUUUUCAUGAGAACAAAAUGGUUAUGUUUAAGAAUCUAAAAGCAGAUCAAUCAAAACGUACCAGACUAGCAGAUCGUAUGACUGGUAAAGGUAAUAAGUUCAGUUGUUAUGUAUCUGCUUUCGCCAACUAUAACGGAGGCCACAUGUACUUUGGUAUCAGAGACGAUGGGGUUGUUGAAGGCGAGGUGAUCCCAAACGAAGAUAUCAGUGAAAUAAUAAAGAAAGUUGAAAAAGCCAUCAAGAAGAUGAUCUGGCCUGAGCAGAUUGGCCAACCAAAACGAGGGGAACACUGGGAAAUAUUCUUCGAGCCAGUGGUAGAUGAAAACUCCAAUGUUAUCCCAUCAACCUUUGUGAUCGUGAUCUAUAUUGCUCCUUGUCUGGGUGGUGUGUUCACUGAGGAACCAGAAUGUUAUGAAAUGGUGGAGGGGAAAGUUGAGAAGAUGUCGUUUGCUACUUGGAAGAAGAGAGUAUUGCAACGUGAUGAUGUAGAUAUUCCUGCGGCAGUACAACGGAUUGAAUGGAGCUCAUCUGCGACAGAACGUCGUUGCACUAAGGCUCGUGAAAUUUUAAUGAUGGCCAUUAAUAAUGGCAAAUGGGAAAUAUUUUCAAAAUAUGCAAAGUUAUUUGAAGAUAAACAUCCUGAAGUUGAGGUGAAGCUAAUGGUUUUGUCAAGAAGAGUGGUAGCGAGUUACCGGCAAGGUUGUCUUUCCAAAGCACGUCUCUUGUUUGAUGAUUAUGAUAAACUUUUAUCGAAAGCAAACGAUAUCUUGAUUUUCGAAGUGAUUUAUUUGUGUUUGAAAGCAGCUUUAAAGCGUGCGGAAAAGGAACUCGAAGCUGCUAGGGAAUUAUUGAAAAGUGCUUUGUUAAAGGCGGACCAGUUAACACCAGGGAUUAUUACAGCAGUGCCAUUAUUAUUCGUGGCAAUGAAUCAAAACUCUGGACUAAAUGAGAAUGGACCAUCGUCUGCCGAACUUUCUAGGAAGGUACUUGAACAUUUGAAGUAUGCACCAAAGUCUCAAGAACAAGUAGGAAUGGAACACAAGGCGUACAUCAUUUUUGCAACAUUUCAUCUUGGAUAUGAUAUGUCAGGAAAGAUAAUCGAGAAGCAUGUGAAUCAAUCAAAGCUGGAAACAGCGAAGUCUAGCAUAAUGGCGUUAAAUAAGUCGGUAUGUAGUGGUUAUUCGCUCAGUCGAUACCGUGAGGUUCAGUUCAAUUUGGUACAGUCGACCCUUUAUUAUCGGUAUGCCCAAGUUAAGCCUGAAAAGAACGAAGUAUUUCUAGAAGAAGCGUUUCAAUUCUCUAAGAAAGCUCAACAUCUUGCCAGAGCUUCUAAUUUUGAUGAAAUGGUUACAUGGGCCAAUGUUAGUGCAGCUUUGUAUACUGAAAAAUUAGUCCUUGCAAGGUUGCGAAAAUGGAUAAGGUAAAGAAGAUAUAUGUACCGGUUAAGUAAAAAGUAAGUGUUUGCCUGAUUGCAUAUGUUUUCUACGAGCAGAAAAGAAUAUACAUGCCUUCUGGUACAACCAAUCUUGACAUAAAAUUGUUGACCUUUACAGGUCGUUUUUAUUGAUAAAAAAGUUAAACUUCAAUAUAUUCAUUUUUUAGAAAUUGAAAGAUUAUAUUUCGUAAAACUGUGUCUGCCAAUAAAAUAUCUGCUGCUUAAUUCCUUUGCACAACAUAAUUUAAUCCAGAUAAUAUUAUGCUCAUUGCAUGUUUGCAUGGAAUGGCGAUAAAAUAUUUAUUUUCAUUUGUAGAAACACCACGUAUAUUUUUAAUAAUUGCAAGGCUUUCCAUUUGUAAGGUCGGUCGGAUCUUGGUCAGUGCUAAUAGUAAUACAGUAGCAGCCUAGAACUUGGCCUUUACUCGACUGCUUUUGGCAGGUUUGGUUAAUUUUGGACUAGCAUUUGGCAAGUAUGACAUCACAGGCAGAGUCCGACCAGUCUUCGGAUGUAAAAAAAAGAAUUACAAAGAUAAUGUGAAAGAAAUCCCCAUUCCAAAAUUCCGCCAGAUACCCUGGAUAUUUGAAAUGACGUGAAGAUCCUUGUUACGGAUCGAAAGCUUUUCAAAAAUAAAUAUACGUGGUGUUUCCACAAACCAAAAUAAAUAUUCUAGAUAAUUAAGCCAAAAUUGUCCUCGUUUAAGCAUUUAUAUUAUAGUUUGAAAUGAAUACAAAUGGAAUGGGUUAGAAUAAAUAACAUAAUUAGAAAUAUCACAAUAGUUGUAAUUGUAGUAGUUUAUAGCUGGGUUUCAAACAAUCCCACAAGACUUUAACACAAGGAUAAUGGAGGUUCAAGAUUCAAAUGAGCACUGAAUUCUCUGAAACUCUCAAAGUGAUGCAGAUGCGUCUUGGAUGUCUGAACUGCCUGCAUGUGUCUAUCAAGAUUGCUUCACCAGAAGUAACCAUACAAAGAGCACACAUGGUAACAGCAAUAACAUGGAAAUGUUCUUUGGCAUUCGCUGGGCCAAGAAAAUUUACGACUCUUAAUUAUAAGUGUUAAUUAGAUCAAUCACUAUCAGGGAUGGACCAUUUGUAAAGGAAGGGGGGGGGGGCGGGGUAAGAACCAAAAAAUCUAUACAAGCAAAAUAUUUUAAAACAUACUACACCACGCCCCCCUUCACUUCUCCGAUGGUGCAUCUCUCACAUUAAAGGACUUGUUUUAAUGACUUUUGUGAAGCAAUAUCAGAUUCUUGGUUGAUAGCAAUAAACUUGGUUGAUUACACCCUCAAACGGUGUAAAUUUACCCAAAUCUUGUGUAUGAAAAAACACCUUGAUUGUAUAAAUAUACACCGGUAUGGUGUAAAAAAUAUGAAUGCUUACUUAGGGUAAAUCUACACUGAACCUGGUGUAUAAUUACACUAAGACCAUUUUAAGAUACACUGAUCUGGUGUAAAGUAGAAACUGAAAUAUUAACGAACACCUAUACUAUGCUGUUAUUGCUGUAAACUUACCCUCAAACUGUGUAAAUUUAGCGAUCUAAUUCUCGUGUAUGAGACGACACCAUGAUAGUGUAAGGUGUAAACCUAUAUCAGUGGUGUAAACAUACAGAAUUCGAAUAGUGUAAAAGUUUGUAUGGGGACCAAAAUAUACUGGCCGGCUUACCCUUCACAUUAGGGCUUUUUGAAAAGUCGGUGUAAAAGUGUAAAGUAUAAACUAUUUUAUAAGACUACCUUUAAACGGUGUGUAAACAUAAACAGUGCGUUUUGUAAGGUGUGCCAUGCAGACCUCACAUUGUUCAUUUUUUAUUGC